AGUCAUUUCAGCUGGUGAAUGAGACUCAGCAGUUCAUGCAGGCAGUCAAUCCAGAGUAUUUGAAGAUCUGAAGAUGCAAGUCUCAAUGAACAGAUGAAGGCCUGAUGCCUGAAAUGUUGACUCUCCUGCUUCUCAUGCUGCCUGACCCACUGUGCUUUUACAGCGCAACACUUUUUGACACUGACUCUUCCGCGUCUGCAGUCCUUAUUUUCACGUCAAUAUCUGACAGUCACUCAAUUGAUCAGGACAGCCACGAUUUUUGACUAUAAUUCUGUGAGAAGGAGCAAACCUUUUUGGUUCCUGUUUGAGUAAGUUUUCGUUAUCAGUGGGCCUGGAUGAGAGACCCAACUGUUGCUGCCCACUGAAUGUGGAGACUGAAACUGUUAUACGGCCUGGAAAGAGGAAUUCCCAGCAGUGAGGGUAAGUACAUGCGUUUGAUUGUAGCUGAAGCUUCGGACAUGGAGAAACCGUGGAAGUGUGAUAACUGUGGGAAAGGCUUCCGUACUCCGUCUGACCUGGAGAUUCAUCAGCGCGUCCACAUGGGGGAGAGGCCGUUCUCCUGUCCUAAGUGCGGGAAGGGCUUUACCCAGGUCUCUGCCCUGCUUAGGCACCAGCGGAUCCACACGGGGGAGAGGCCUUUCAGUUGCCCCGAGUGUGGGAAGGCCUUCAGCAAUUCCUCCACCUUGCAGACCCACCGACGAGUCCAUACGGGAGAAGGCCUUCAGCUGUCCCGAGU